AUGCCGGUGGACCUGUUCCUAGACAACUUCCUACCCACCAUUCCUCUCGACCGAAAGAAAGAGGUUCUCUCCAGUAGAGGAGCCUUUAACGCGGUACCCUUCAGUGCGUCUACGCCACAAGACAUCUACGAGCCUCUGCUUGCUGCGUUGAGUAAGCGCACGAAGCUCAGGAAUCGCGCCCCUGGUCUCGUCUUCGAGAACAGCUCUCUUCGCUCUGAGAAGCCUCACCAACCGGGGUACAUGAAGCCGCACAUCUGCUGCUUCACCUCCGAGAACAUGGAACACGUACGACAACUCCCUCGUUCCUCCCGCGAUGACAUGGGUUAUGCAGAGUUGUUCAUCGAGGUCAGACCACACGUCGACCUCGAGCACUUUGUCGACCCUCCAUUGGAUUCCAAGCGUAAGGAGUGGGCUGCCCACGACAUCGCGAUGGCGUUCGAGGAUCUCAGGGUGCAGCACCGUGUCGAGAGGGCGUUCGGGCAACACAUCGCAUACGCCUUGGAAAUCCAAGCUCGUCAACAUCGCCUGUCGGUCCUCUCCAUCUCUCUAUGUGGCUCCCGCGCACGCUUCUUCCGCUGGGAUCGUUCUGGCUUUAUCGUCAGCCGAUCGUUCGACGUCCGCGAGGAGCCAGAGAUCCUCUGCGAGUUCAUAGCUCGUUUUGCGUGCGCGUCUGACAAGGAACGCGGACACGACCAAUCGGUCGAGAUGGCCACCGCUGAAGAGGAGGCGACGUUCCAGGAUGUUGUCUCCCGCUACGUCGAGGACCAGUUGGGCGUCACAGGCGACGAUCUCGCCGACGCCGUCAAAGAGCACUACCAGGAGGGACGUGUAAUGGCCAUGCAGGUGUUCGUGAACACCUCAGGUGGCUCUAGCACGGAUGUGGUCGUCGAACGCUAUCUCGUCUCCAGACCAGUCACAUCUCCCUCCACACUGGGAUCCCGCGCCACUCGCGGAUAUUGGGCUGUGCAAGCGAGCACUAAGCGGUUAGUCUUCCUCAAGGACACUUGGCGUCUUGAUCUGGAAUCCGAAGGCGACGUCAUUGCUGGUCUGCAUGCAGCGGGUGUGCGCAAUGUGCCGCUGCUCGUGGCGCAUGGGGACGUUUACCACAGGCUUCCGACGCCGGGCGAGGCACGUUCACGCCUGCUCAUUCAGUCUACCGAGACUGAAAUGUACGACUCGGACUUCACGUCUUGGGCGAGUCGAGUGGCCGAUAGGAAGAUCUCCACAUCUAACUAUAUCCACUAUCGUCUCGUCCUCGCAACUGUAGGCUAUGGGUUGAAGAGCUUCAGGGGCACGGACGAGCUUCUACACGCGACAUAUGAUAUCUUCCAUGCCAUGAGGGAUGCUCUUGACAAGGACUCACGUCUCCACCGAGACUUGUCCGUCGGUAAUAUAAUCCUGGUCAAGGAGACCGGAAGCACGACUCGCAAGGGCUACCUGAUCGACUGGGAGGCGUCUUCGCGCAUCGACAGCGAAGGCCACUCGCUGGACAAGAGUAGAAUGGGCACGUGGAGAUUCAUGUCCAGCGACGUCCAAGCGAAACCCGCCCACCCAUACGGCUUCCCGGAUGACAUGGAGUCUCUCCUCUACGUCGUCUUCUACUGCGGCCUCAUCCAUCUUGGGCACAACCUCUCUCCGGGCACGUUGCGCAUGAUCGUGCACGAAUUUUUCGACCGCUCCUUCUUCUUGGACGGCUACCUCUGCGGCGGCAUAAAUAAAGGCGUAAACCGCGUCAAUCGCAGAAUGAGCAGUCGCAUCAAGUGGUCCAACCCCGACCUUCAGGCGUGGCUCGAUGCGGUCAUGGAUCUGCACGGCCCUCAAGGCCCUGAAAACCGUGAAAAGUUUGGGCACCUAUGGGCGGACCCUGAGAACCUAGACAAGCUCUGGCGGGAGUUUCUCGCUGAUCAUACGCUAGCGCAUGAUGACAGAGUCGACAACCAGCUCUCCACUCCCGAGCCGCCGUCGAACGAGGCCCCUCCGUCGAAUAAGCCCUUCGUGCCCCUCAAGCCUCGAGCCUCGUCGACAAGUUCAAGUUCAUCUUUCUCUUCCUCAGGCAGUACCUCUUCCCUAGAAGGCACGAUUCGCGAGCCUAGCGCCGCACCGGUCCCAGCAAUAGGCAUCUCGUCCGUGAGCCCGCAGCAUCGGGCCUCGUCUGCUGUGAAAAGGAAAGCCUACGGGGAACCGGCAGAGGACCCGCAUGCGACAAAGCGUCAGCGGUCCUGCGAAUGA